CCGAUAAUGUAUUUGAUAUUCUUGCCUUAGAAAUGCUGAGAUGUCAUAAAGGUUUUCUACAUUUUCGCCAUACGAGAGAACUAUUACUUUGAAUAGAAAUAAAAUGUUUUGGUUUCUUUUGUUGUUAAGUCCGUUGGUCAGAGCUGCGCCGCUGGCCAAAGUCAUGGUGGACAUGACUUAUACUUUUGAUGAAACCACUCUCAAAUUUCCUGGCAUGCGAAAGUUUGAAAUGAAGACUCUCAUAAACGGGAUGACCGAAGGUGGAUUUUGGUUAAGAGUUGAAGAAUUUUCAUCUGGAAUUCACGUCGGUACCCACAUGGAUGCUCCAGCUCAUUUCUCAAAAAAUGGUAAAACCAUCGACGAACUUCCUCUGGAACACUUGAUCGCCCCAGCUGCAGUGGUAGAUAUGACAGCCAAAGCAGAAAUAGACCCAGACGCAGAGGCUACUGUGGAAGACCUACUGAAAUGGGAAUCCACCACAGGUCAAAGUCUGAAUGAGACAAUACUUCUUCUAAAGUCCGGAUGGGGUAAAAAAUGGAACAAUCGGACAGCCUUCUUCGGCACGCCAGAUGAUGAUGCUACCAAACUUCACCAUCCAGGGUUAGCUCCAGAAGCAGCUCAAUGGCUUGUGGACAACAGAAAUAUUUAUGGAAUUGGAGUUGAAACGUUAUCUUUUGACAAAGGAACGGGAUUUGGCAAAGAAGUUCACCAGAUUUUGUUGGGUCAUGGAAUGUUUGGCAUUGAAAACAUUGCUAAUAUGGAUAAAAUUCCAAUUUAUGGUGCCACUUUGCACGUAAUGCCAAUGAAAAUCGGGAAUGCAAGUGGAGCACCGACACGAGUCAUUGCCACUUUUCCCGUUGUUUUACUUGAUGAUUUUGCAGAUGGCUUCCGAAGAGAUGCUAAGAGCUGCUACAGAGCUUAGGAUUUUCUUUUGUGUUUUGCCAGGGAAUAUUUACACUCAUUUGUUUUCCCUGAAAAGUGAUCAGACAUUUCCACCACAAUAUAAUCGAAAUAAAAGAAAUGUACAACAUAAAAUCUGAAAAAAGGAUUAAAGUAAAAAAAAGGAUCAAUCAUAAAAGGAAAAAAGGAAAAAAUUAUUAUUCCUUCAUCUGACAAUGAAGGAAUAAUAAUUUGAUUUCUUUUUAUUGUCUACGUAGUCUUUGAUCGUAGAGAUUGAAAUACGUUUAAUAUUAAUAUUUUUAAAAAUAAAAGGCUAAAUAAAGUUUUUAGAAUGUGAAAAGGACUGCAAAAAUGACAUUCAUAAUUUUAUAACACAUAUUCAUAUUUACGGAUAUAUUUGUUUCUGAAAACUGUGAUUGCUUCAGCCAUAACAAAUUUUUCACAAAAUAAAAUGACAUAAUAAAUAGAAUUUUUUAAAUCUAUUUUGUCUACCUUAAUAGGUUGAAUCUACCUAUAGGUUGAAAAAUUAAACACUUAAUUACUUGGGCU